ACAAUCUUUUGCGGGGAGAGGGGACUGGCGGCUGCUCUAUUUUUCUUCCUCCAAAAUGCUGCUUCAAUGAAACUGCCGGGAGAUUCCAUUGUCAGGGUGGCACAAGAGAAGAGAGAGGCAAGGGGGAAUUGUGCUUUUUGCUCCGUUCUCUUCCUACCCCAUCAGCAGAGCUCAUCAGGUCUCCUCCACUGGCAUGCCCUUCCUACCUAGGAAUACUAUGUCACAUUACUCCACAAAUUUCCUAUUACUUCCCAUCCCUGAACAUCCUGUCCAGGACUGCGCAGCCAGCAAAGUCAUCAAGCUCGUUGUGUUGGGUGGCAGCGGCGUUGGCAAAACGGGUAAGUCUUCAGAAGUUGCUGUGGAGGCAGCCUGGUCUUUUCUUUCUCCCCCCCCCCCUCCCUCCCUCCCUCUCCUCUCUCCACAUCUGCCAUCUGAUUUUAUGUUAAUAUUUGAUGGAAAUAAUGAUCCGAGCCCAUGUUUAUCUUGCAAAAUGUAAAGGUUAACCAGAUCUGAUUCCCACCCCCACCCCCAUGCCGCUAUGAAAUAUAAUGCCUGGAGAUUUUCAAGCAGAUGAAUUGAGGAGGGGGGAGGUCAAGGUUUGUUGGCAUUGGUCUACACUAGCAAAUUUUGUAUUAUGUUGCACGGGGUUUCACCGGAAGCUUAUCAAGGUUUCAUCAAUGAGAGGAUCCAUCAUGGUAGAGAAACUUUCUUGAAAGAGGGCUGGGCUACUGCUGCCAGGCUUUCCCUGCAGCAUGGAGUUUGGGGUGUUCUAGAUUACUCUGUCAGUUCACAUCGUGAGCCUAGGGUCCGCUGGGAGGGUCCUUGGGCAAGACAUCUUCCAGGGGCCCCUCUCCUUCCUGACACCAUUCCUUCACUGUAGCAGUGUUAGUGGGCCCCCUUCCUGCAGAGUGUAGAUGCCCAACUGUGCUGACUUGUGAUACCAGCCCCAAGUGAGAUGCAGCUGGUCUGGCUCCUCCAGUGUUUUGCAUGAAAUGAAUGUAUGGAAGAGGGAGAGGAAGCUGUCUUAUACCGGGUCAGACUAGUUGCCCAUCUAGCCCAAUACAGUCAGCAGCUCUCAAGGGUGUCACCUGGUGGAAGGUUUUCUCCAUCACCUGCUUUAAAGAGGAGAUGCCAGGACUUGAACCUGGGACCCUCUAGCAUGUGCUCUACUGUUGCAAUGCAUUCCUAGUUGAAUAUAUGGCCCCCUUGCUCAGAGUGAGAACUAGCGAUCUUUUGCUCCACAAGUAAAGGCACUUACCCACCACUGGGGAUGGGCAGAAAUUAGAUUCACUUCACAUUUAAGGGUGAACCUAUAUAAUUUGCACUUUCUGGAACAAGAGACCUUAAACACAGCCACCCUUCAAAAUUUGCUUUUCUCUAAAUUUUACAGUGCGGUUCUCCAUCCAAGCAGUGGGUACAAAAAUGCAUAUAGUUGGGUAAAGCAUGCAUAAAAAUGCAUAUAUUAGUAAAAAAAAUCAUACAAAAAUAUAUUAAGGGAAAUUUACUGGGGAAAUGUGUAAUAGACAGAUACAAGUGUGUCUAUUAGAAGAGAUUCACAUUAAAAAGCAACAAACAAACAAACAAAUGUGACUUAAAACCAGAACAUGGUGUGGAACUGUAAGAACGGGAAAAAUGAGAAAAUCUGAAAUGGACUUACCUGACCAUCCCUACCUACCACCAAUAAGCCACCCACCCUUGAAUAGGCCCUGAAAUGCUCUGCAAUACGCUGGGAUUUCUGUACAGAGGAGUGAAAGCAGGAAAAGCCCCCCCACUCCACCCCGCUGCUCCCAUGAAUUUGGAAUGCUAUUUGAUUGGCUAUCUGAAAGCAGAACUGGGUGCCAAGUGCCUCAGUUAUUAAACUGUGCUUUGGACCCUGCCCCGCAAAACAGGAAAGAGAGUGCAGGAUGGACACCCUCCAGAGGGUCAUGAGCCGGGCAUUGGGGAAUGACGUUCUGUUGGUGGAAGACAAGGAGCUAUUGGGAAUCUGCUCUCAAAUCCAACAGGAGAUGCAUGAAACACUUUUCAGAGAGUGGGUUGCCUGGGAAGACAGUAGGGGAGGCAUGAAAAGAGCAAACAAAAAUUAUUAUGGCUGGAGCAAUUCUGCAGGGCUCUUAUGUCCUUAUGGUAUAGCAGUCAUAUUACAAUAAUAUUUCAUAUCCAUGGAUUCUCCCAUGUGGUGGAGGGGUGCUCUUCAGGUCUGCCACAGGACCCUUACUCAUUGCAGACAAUUCAGGGAGACACCCUAGGUUGUUGCUGCACAAGUCAUUGGGCCUCAUCUUCUGCCUGAAAACCACUGAAGAUGGAAUUAUACUUUACCCUAGCAAAGGUGAGCUCCCAAACCUACAUUGACCGUGACAUUGCCAACUUGGUGCCCUUCAGAAGUUUUGGGCUGCAACUCCCAUUCACCCUACGGAGCAUGCCUGUUGUUUGCAAAAUUCCGCCUUCACCAGCCUGGUUCCUUCUUGAGGUUUGUUUUUCAGUUCUGGCUGAUAUGGAGUUGGUGUACAAAACAAAAGACAGUGUUAGGGAGUGCUGUGUUUGGGUGGCAGCAUUGAGUAGUUCCACCUUUAGCUAGCUCACUGCAUAAAAAGGUUGCAUAAAAACGGUGGGUAUCUUCUGUUGCUUUUCCGUCCUGCAGUAAGCAAUAGAUGUGAAGUGUGUGUGCAUGUCACAUGGUUCAUUUCCUCAUAAUAAUAAGUUGGGUUGAAAGGCGCUAUGGGAAUUCCACUUAAUAUAAGGGAGACAGCGGUGGAAAACUUAGUGUCCCAGACUCCCAAAUGCAGGGACGUGAGAAAGCCAUGAAAAAGACGAUAAAUGUGAAUGUGAAAACAAAUAGAUGGGAGUUUUAUAGCAGACAUAUAGCCUUAAAAGCAGCUAACAGAAUGAUGUCCUUGGCUGCCAGCCUGUUUACAUGUCUAUGAGAGUAACUCCCGUUGAACUUAUGAGUGGGUUUGUAUUACAAUGCAUAUGGGUUAGUUUUGUAAGCAUGUGCUCUGUUUUGAAUACAGUUAAGCUUAAAUCUGAAAGUUCACACUGUGAUUGCUGUUUCCUUUGUAGAUUAAUUAUGUGACUUUUCGUCUGGGUUAAUAUAUCCAUUUCCAUGCUACACUCUGUAAAUACACUUAGGGACUUAGGCUGUCUCUCUAGAAGAACUUCACGGGGGAGAGGGGGGAAUCAGAAAGAGGGACUAAUACUUCACGAACAAUUCCCCUCAGUUGUGAAUGGCUUAAUCUGCUGCAUACCUGUAAUGCAGUCACCAGGCCAAGCCAAAUUGUUAGCCACAAAUAAUUUAUUACGUGUGCUACAUGGAAAUUGUACUAAUGGGGGCAGGAGAUGAUGGCCUAAGAGUCAUCAUCAUUUUUCUGUGACAAUAUAUGGAACCCUGAAGAGUUUGGGGUAUUACUUUUCAAGUUUCUAGCUCUCGUGAUAUUGGCAGCAUCUUAGAAAAUGUGUUUGCAGCGAGUGUUAAGAAAACCAGAGACAAAUACUGUGAUUUUUAAAGAGUCAUGUCAAAUAUUUUUGAAGGCCACUUCACACAUUAAGCAUUUUUAGGGGUUACCCUUGAAAGCAUAAUUGCUAUCCUGAGUGAGACCAUCAAGCUCAAUAUCACCUACACUGACUGGCAGUGAUUCUCCAAGGUUUCAGAAAGUCACAGGGGCCUCUCACAGCAGUUCCUGAAUAUAGGCAGUGACCAUUUUGUGUACGUUCGAUUGAUGCAUGGCUGCCAACACGUGGGCCGCUUUGGGCUUCAGGGGCAGGGCAGGGCAGGCUUAUAUGCAACCGCUGAUGCGCUUAAUGACCUGGAAGUCACCCUCUACACAAACAGAGAGUUGCCUGCAUGCUCUUUCUGGGACCUUUUGCAUGCAAAACAUGUGCUCUACCGUUAAACUAUGGCCUUCCCAACAAAGGAAGCUUUUCUUAUACUAGGCCAGAAUAUUGGCUUAUGUAGCUCAGUACUGUCUAAAUUGCCUCUAAGGUUUCAGGCAGGCGUCUUUCCUACCUGGAGAUGCUAGAGUUUGAACCUUUUGCAUGGAAAGCAGAACUACAUCUCUUCCCUGAACAUGACCAAGACAUUCGCAAAUGCAAAUGUUACUCAAAAACACACAUAGGUGUGUCUGAGUAGUAUUCCCAUUUGAUUGCAAACCUGUUGGGAAACCAAGGUUUGCUGCUGUGUAAUGCAUGAAAUGGCCCUGGGAGACCCAAUGCAGUUUUGUUUUGGGGCAGACACUUUGAGAAUGAGAAUGUUAACUUAUUUAUUAGUAGUAUUGUUUAUUAAAUUUGUAUACUGCCCUAUACUAGUAGAUCUCAGAGCAGUUCACAACAUAAAAUCACAAUAUAAAAAACACAAUAUUAAGUAAUAAAAACCAAAAAACAACCCAAUAAUCCUACCACCACCACAGCAUUGGAUGUCAAUCAGCCAAAGGCCUGGAUGAAGAGGAAUGCUUUUUUGCCUGCCACCUAAAAGUGUGUAUUGAAACCACAGCUGAACCUCCCUGGGGAGAGCCUUCUACAAAUGGGGAGCCACUACAGAAAAGGCCAAUUUUCAUGUUGCCAUUCUCCAGAUCUCUUGUGAAGGUGGCACAUGAAGAAGAGACUCAGAGGGCCUUCUUGGUGGUGGUGCGCGCCCUGUGGAACACCCUCCCACCAGAUGUCAAGAAAAUAAACAACUUUCUGACUUUUAGACGACAUCUGAAGGCAGCCCUGUUUAGGGAAGCUGUUAAUGUUUGAAGUUUUGUUCUGUUUAAUAUUCCUGUGUGAGCCGCCCAGAGUGGCUGGGGAAACCCAGCCAGAUGGGCGGGGUAUAAAUAUAUUAUUGUUGUUGUUGUUGUUGUUGUUGUUGUUGUUGUUGUUGUUGCCAUUUUCUUUAAAAAAAUGUUUAGGAGUACUCUCAAUUUGACUCAAGAAAACCACCAUUUUAUAGUUCAAAUUGGGAAAAAUAAAUACAGUAAAUGGACAAAAGUACAAAGAUUCACAAAAUGUUUAGGGGUAUGCGUACCCUUGCGUACCCCUAGGGGGGAAAAGCACUAAUGAUGAUGAUGAUGAUGAUGAUGAUGUUUGCAGGCAGUCCUUGAGGUACUGAGCCAUUUAAGGCUUUAUAGGUCAAAACCAGUACUUUGAAUUGUGCCCAGAAAUUAAUUGGUAGCCGGUGCAAUCGGAUUAGGAUCAGUUUGAUAUUUUCAAACCAUCUUGCCCAGGUGAGCAAUCUGGCUGCUGAAUUUUGCUCUAGCUUCAGAGGCAGCCCUAGUAUAACACAUUGCAGUAAUCUUAAUAAAUAAAUAAAUACAAAUGUGAUGCCUGUUGUGGUCACACAAAACUUUGGUGCAUACUGAGGAGUGGUUCUUGAUUGCAUUGCACAUGUCUGGAACAAUGGUCUUUCGUUGCUAAACAUGUUCCCAUCUAGCACUAUUGCCAAUGAAAUGUGUGUAGCACAUGGAAUGAAAGCAGGUGUUUAAUUACCACUCUGAGCCUGCGGCUGCAGUUUCUGACAUUUUCUAACUCUGACUAAAAAGUGGCAUUUUUUCCCUUGUUUUGCAGCCCUAAUUGUACGCUUCCUCACCAAGAGAUUUAUUGGAGACUAUGAGGCCAAUACCGGUACGUCUAACCUUCUAACGCUACAUCAUUAAAACUAAUGUAUUUGUGUCUAACUGUCCUAGGGACAGAACGAAGGGUCAUGUGGUCAAAAUAUACAGGUCGUAUUGCUAUUCCUCUUAUGGUUGGAAAAUAAAGAUUUUAAUUUGCCAUGUGGCUUAGUUGUUGUUGUUGUUUGCAUAGGUCACCCAGCCAAAGGAUUUGGGGCUGCUCCGAGUUUGAAUACCUGGCUCCUUCGGUCCCUCACUCAAUGGGUUGAAUAGGCUAAUUGCUGGGUUCAUGUUCUUAUGUUUCUAAACCAGCCUUCCCCAACUUGGUACCCUUGAGAUCCUGCAAGCUACAGCUUCCAUCAAUCUCAGCCAGCAUGGCAACAGUCAACAAUGAUGGGAUUUUUGCACCAGGUUGGGGAAGACUGUUCCAGAGCUAGUCUUCUUUUCUUUUAGUGCUAUGGAUCACAGGCAAAAGAAAAUGCUAAAACGCUGUCUAAAAUGUGCAUAUUUUCAGUGAACUGCCCCUGGCUAUGAAAACAAUAAAUCAAAGCCCAAUUAUUUACAGCCCCGCUCCUUUUCUUAAGCUAAUACUCUAUUCACUUUAAUAGAAUAGGAUCAGAGGAAUGAGUCUGGCUGACACACUUCCUAUAAAGAAAAAGGAUCAAAAGAUUGUUGCUUCCAUCGACGGACAGAGGGCCAAGCAUUAUCCAGCUCUCCAUUUCCAACAAGCAGUGGAAAUGAACACUGUGUUUAAAAAAGCACCAACCUGAAAUACAGACUUUAUUUCUGUUUUUAGCGCUGUUCAAAAAGGGCAAGACUGAAAUAGAUGUAAGUGGGUUUGUCAGUUGACCAGCAAAAUGGCAGCUUAGCCUAUCCUUGUACAUUUAAUAACAUCAAGGUGACUCUGCCAACUGUCCCCCGCCCCAGAUUUUUAAAAAAGCAUUUGAUAUGUUAUGAGAUGGGGGGCAACACUAGAUCCCCUUAAAUGUGUUAUGACUUAGUAAAAGUGAGAAUUAAUCAAGGUUUGAUAAAACUUUGCUGAUCACAGAAACCCCCCUGGGUUUAGUUAUGCCCAUGAGCCAAGGCAGCUCAGCAGAGGCAGGGGACAAAGGCCAGUGAUGACCCAGCAAGGAAACAAAGACUAAACAGGAGCCGGCAAAAACUGCACAGAAUCCAGUAAAAAUAAUUGGCUGCUUCAGGCUGAAGGAAGGAGGGCCCAUGACAAAAUCAAAAGUUUUAAGUAACUUUACUGGACAUGGCAAAUUCCACAGCUGAAGUUUGUUGCAGCAAAAGGAGACUUGUGGUAUCCAAGAGAUUGACAGCUAUCUCCCAACUGAGGAUUAACUCUUUAUGGAUCUGAUGAGGUGGUUCCCUAGUCCAUGAAAGCUGUUUACCUUUAAGGUGCCACAAGACACUUUGGCUGAGGUCCUAUGACAGCUUUCCUGGACACCACAUAUUCCCUCACGCAAAAUGCAGUGGGUGGGUUCUAAAUCAACCUACGUAGGUUUGCAGCCUUUUGUUGUUUAGGUCCCACAAGACUCUUGGAGUGAUCAAAAGUCGAUUCUCCCUCCUGACUGAUUAAUGAGAAACUGGAAACUUCGCCCCUCUAGCUCUGUCCCUUUCAUCUGAUUAAAAUGCACUGCUGGGCUUUUCAUUCCUCACCUUUGCUCUUAAGGCUGUCAACGGGCUGAUCUUUUGCUCAUGUACUUGAUUUGUUGGUGCUUCUUUCUGUUUCUGUGUAACCAUGCACAGGAUUUGUGCUUCAAAUCUCUAUGUUUCCAAGAUUUGGCUGCUAGAGAAGCAUUGAUGGGAGCUGCAUGCUUUUUCCAUUAAGCAACCAUCCCUUCAGCAAUCCUUCAAGCAGAAGCAAAUAUGUUAUAGAUCGGAAACAGGUGGUCAUAUAUAACUGAGGCCAUGGAGAAAUACUUCUUCUCCCAUUGCUGGAGGGUAGGGCCAAAUAUGAUUAGUGUCUGGAAGUACCCAGACAUCUCCUUUUGAUGUGUUAUGGAAGUGGAAUAAUAUGCUGUCUGGACUUUGUUUCAUAAGCUACUUAUAAAAUGGUGUCAGCUCCAAGCCAGGUACAUUUCUCCUGCCUGUGUAUUCACUCUUCCAGUCAGGUCUGGUGCCAGCACUCAGCAUGGUGGGGCAAGUGCCACAGCCACGGGGAUCCCAGAAGCGCUGCCACAUUAGAGCAAAUGGGACACUGCAUCACCACCUCCAGGGCUUGAUUUCUCCAAACCCAUCUGCCUGCUUUCUUACUUAAAACCAGUUCAGGGGGAGGCUCUGGUCUGGUGAUGCAGUAAAACAGUGCCUGGAGUGUACCAUUUCAAUCUGCAAGUACAAAUCUGUGUGACUGAAUGCUUCCUCCCAUUGAAAAGAUGAGCGAUCAUGACGGCUAUGUACCACCACCAAUAUCAGAGUCAACACUACCAUCACUACCAGAAAAUAAUUUAUUCAUUCUAUUAUUAUUAUAUCCCGCCCUCCCCAGCCGAAGCCGGGCUCAGGGCGGCUAACAACAAUAAAAUAGUACAACAUUCUAAAAUAAUUUAAUUAUAAAAUUAAUUCAAAUCAAAUUGAUGGCAACCAUUGGGCUAGAGUUCUGUGAAGAUUGCCAAAGGAGGGAGUCAGGCUGUGCCCUGACCAAAGGCCUGGUGGAACAGCUCUGUCUUGCAGACCCUGCAGAAAGAUGUCAAGUCCCGCAGGGCCCUAGUCUCUUGUGACAGAGCGUUCCACCAGACCGGAGCCACAGCCGAAAUAUUAUUAUUAUUAUUAAAUUAAUUUAUCCCCCAGCCCUUCAACCAAGUUGCUCAAGAUCCUGCACAUGGUUCUUCUCAUUUACAACAGGUAUAGGGGACAUCUGUGGUUCUCCAGAUGUUGAUGGACUCCCAUCAGCCCUAGCUAGCUUGCUGAUGACCAGGGAUGGUGGAAGCUAAAGUGCAGCAACAUCUGGAGGGCCCCAGGUUCUCCAUACCUCUCUUACAACUAGCUGCAUGAGGUAAGGUUAGAGAUACUUGCAAUGCUGUUUAUGGGUGAGGAAGGAUUUGAACCCAGUUCUCUGGAAACAUAAUCCAAACACUGUUAACCACUACACCACCAGGACCAAUCAGUUAGAAGCAGAGCCACCACGCACCUGGCCUGGAAGUGGGGUCACUGCCAGUUACGAGGAGAGGUGUGGGGUAGCAGGGACAUUGCCACUCUUUGGCUGCAUCGGUGGAACCAGUUUGGUGCUCCCACUUGAUGCGCCCAUGCUGUGCUAACCUACACACCUCGUUGCUCCUUCCUCUCUUGGGAGGAGGUAACAGCUGUGCUGCUGUGAGGCUGGGUGCAUUCCAGGACCCCUUCUCACCAACCUGACCAUUCCUGCACUACACUAUACUGGGUCUUUUACCUAGAUUAGUAGAAGUACUGUACACACAUGCUUAGAUUUAUUUGCACAAACAAUGUUCUUUUAAUAUCAAAUCCAGAUGUUGGAAACUUGGCCAUGGGGAAUUUAUCUCACUGUAAAAUGCCUUGAUGAGCUCGAAACAAACGUCUUCCACAGAAGAGAAACACCUCCUUCCAUGAACCAAAUCCUACAGCCUUAUCCAACCUGGUGCCCCUCCAGACAUUUUGGAUUGCAACUCUCUGCACAACUGUACCAAACCUCUGGAGGGCACCAGGUUGGCAAAGGUCCAUAGAAGUUAUUCUCACUGGGCUAAGCUUCCCCAGUGCUUUGGUAAGUGCUAAAUGACUACCUGGUGGAAACAUGAGCUGCAACCUUUUACCAAGUGCGCCAGAAAAAAUAUCAGAUCAGAGUGGAAGCAUACUUGGAGAUGGAGAUAGACAUUUUGUGACUGAAGUUUUCAUCUCAAGUGAAUCCGAAAAUGUACUUCCUAAAGCAUAACUGUUCCAGAUUUUUAACUGGUGCUACUUCUGUGCCUUUAACAGCAGCCUGUCUCCACAGUAGGAAAUGUUACACCUGCUCAGGCUGCUGCUGAAAGCAAUGGCAUUGGGGCACUACAAAUAUGUAUUGGGGUGGGAAACCUGCAGCCCUCCAGCUGUUGGCUGGGCCCAACUCCUAUCAGUCUCAGUCACAAUGGCCAGUGGUCAGGGAUAAUGGGAGUUGUAGUCCAACCACACCUGGAGGGCUCCAGGUUAGCUACCCCCUGCGUGGGGGUAGGUGGGUGGGUGGGGGUGGGGGUGUUCCAGGAUGCAUACUUACAACCAUGUCAGCUUGUUGUAGUGAUAGUGAAGACAAGGCUGCCUUGCAGCCUAUCCUUUAGCAAAUCUGCAUUUUGCAUCCAUCACCACACUAAGAAUAGGGGGGGAAAUUAAAUAUGGGGAAGUAAUUUUUUCCCCUGACACUUCCCAAUAUAUGCCAAAAGCUGAAUUCUGCGUGCGGUGACAGGUUUCACACUGCCACCUUGCAACCCAAUGAUCAAGCAUAGGUUUUUAUGUCCCCUGAUGCAGUGGUUGACUGUCCCAACCCCUUCCCUUACCAGACCUGUCUUUGCAAUCCUUCUUCCCUAUUUAUAUCCAUGCAUGUGCUCUGAACAACUUGGGGCUCACUCUCACAUCUUUUAGUGCAAAAAGAAUUUAGCCCAGCUUAUGAACUUCUAAAUUCCCCCUCUGUACCAUGUCCAAAAAUGCAGGCACCAGCUCUCUCUGCCAAUAAGCAUUUGCAUAGCAUAAGGAGACACUCUUGGAGCAUGGCUGCCCCAGGUUUUUGCUUAGUUACCAGUUGGGUUGUGCAGGCUCUGAUGGGAAAUAUUCCAUGUAUCCAUCCGGUUGUCAUCUCUCUUUUUUGCCAGGUGCACUGUAUUCCAGGAAAUUCACCAUCGAUGGAGAGCAGCUCACUUUGCAAGUUCAGGAUACACCCUUCGUUUCACUGGAGGUAAAAUGGCUUUUUAAUGUUGAGAUGUUUAAAAAGAAGUCUUAAUGUAGAAGUAGCCAAUGUGAUGCUAUUCAGAUGUUGUUGAACUCCUCCUCCCAUCAACCCCAGCCAUCACAGCUAAUGGUCAGAGUGCUGGAGUUCAGCAACAUUGGUUGGCUUGGUGCCCCUGUUUUAAAUUUCCAUUCUUCUGCCAUGACUACCAGUCAGGGUACAGCAGCUAUGCCAAGGGUGGGAGCUCAAGUAGACAGCCACCACCCUUCCCUUAUGUUUCAUUUGGGAAGAAGUGACAUUGGAGGGUGCAAGACAAAUACCUCAGAGGGAAGGUGAAGAGAGCAUCCAGCUUUCCUCUGUCUCGCAAUGAGCCCAACGUAGCAUGCUUUUCUCUUUUGAGUCUCUCUGAUACACACACGUGAUGUGAAGCCAAAUGGCCUAGGCGUGGGGGGAUGAAGUUCCCUUUAAGUCACAACACACACAAUAACCCCCACAGGCAAUUUUAAGGAGUUAUGAAGGGCAAAAGGACAAGGAGGGGAGGUACAAUGGUGCCUUAAGGAAAUAAACAAAAUAUACUAGAAAGCUAACUAGGUCUAGGAGUUAUAGUGUGUAAUUAGACAAACUAGAGUAAUCCACAUUGCCUAGAGCAGGUGUGGGAAACUGUUGGCCCUCCAUAUGUUGCUUAAUUACAGCUCCCAUAAUCCCCAACCACUGACUAUGCUUGUUGAGGCUGAAUAGAAUUGUAGUUCACUAGUUCAGCAACAUUUGGGAGACCAAAGUUUCUGCACUCCUGGCCUAGAGCAAGGAUGGGAAAACUAUUGUCCUCCACAUGUUGUUGGACUGCAACUUCCAUCAGCCCUAGCAUGACCGAUGCUCAGGAAUGAUGGGAAUUGUAGUCCAACAACAUCUGGAGAGGCACAGGGUCCCCCAUCCCUGAUAUAGAGAGGCAACAGAAUUGUGGCUGGUAACUGAGGAACAGGAGACAACCUUCUGUCACCAGCUGGCUGUAGAAAGAUCAGACUUGGGUUGGAUACAGUACUUCUGAAGGUGGAAAGAAAGAAGCAUUGCUACUGCUCUUGUAGACACUCAACACACAAUGAUUUUUGUUCACAUUUCAAAAGCCUUCGCAACCUAUUUGAUCAGAGGUGUGUCUGUGUGGGGUGAGUGUAUGCACCAACCUCCCCAGCCUAGUACCCUUCAGACAUGGUUGAACAAAACUCCCAUCAUCUUAGUCAUCAGCCAUGGUGGUUGAGACUGAUGGGAGUUGGAGUCAGAAACAUCUGGAGGGUGCCAUAUUGGGUAAGGCUAGAAAGUCUUAAUUUGAUCUAGGACUUAAUUUGAUCCAGGGUUUAUCAUAGAUGGCUCAGAAGCAGGGCCAGUUUUCAGUAGCAGGGAUAAUAACUACAAAAUCACUGGGAUUAGUAUGAUGGGAAAGUGCCUCUGAGGAUCCACAGAGUGCAUUUUUCUUGGUAACGAAAAUUGAGAGCCAAGGAUUACGGACUUCUGGGCAAAUUUAAGCCUCAGGACUUUUCAUCUUUAUCAGCUAGAAACAGCACCUCCCGAUCAUACUACUUUCAACACUCUUAAAAAUGAGCUUUUAAAGGGGCCAAAGCUUUUAAAGUAGGAUAUUGGUUAUGUAAUAUUACAUGCAACCAGAUAACUGGGCCAUUUUGAGUGCAGACAUGACAGGGGAGAGGGAUUCUUAAGAACAGUUCCAUCACACAAUUUAAAAAAUAUAUAUUUGGAAAAGUUGGAGUUUGUCUCCAGCCCAAAUGCUAAGUAAUUUUGUUCUUCUUUGUACCCAGAUUAAUAGAGCUUUUAUUGGCAUGGAUGAGGGUGUCAUAAGCAGAGCAGUGGUAGUUGUGCUUUCAUAAUUUCGAGAAGUUCCAGAGAAUACUUCAGACAGGGCAUCGGUUUUGCCUAAUUCAUUAUUCUUUGAAAGAGAAAGCCAAAAGGAAAGAGAUAAUGUAGGUUGUUGGCUGAUGAAAUGCUGUCUGAAAACUGCAUGGUCAGUAACUAUUUGUGUCUCUGGUUGAAAUAAAUGAUUAAGAAGACAUUUCCUUUAAAGCAAAAAAUAGAAAACCCCCGCUGUCCUUUAUCUUUCAUUAGGCCACAUUCCAUUUCGAUUAUUGCACCAAUUUCAUUCUGGGCUGCUAUCAGAUAUAACAAAAGGGAAAUUUCCAGUUGCCUGUGGACAUCAUUUUGCUCUUUUCUGCUAAUCUUUUGAAAAUAUAUAUGUAUAUAUAUUCACAGGUGUAUGUUUGUUUGAAAAAUGAUCUCCUAAUGAGGAUCAUUUGCCAGUCAAAUAUAACAGAUUGCCACAGCUCACAUCCUUCUCUGUAGGGUGGACAGGGGACAAUAUACUGGGGGGUAGGGGGGAGUCAGUACAGUGGUACCUCAGGUUAAGUACUUAAUUCAUUCCGGAGGUCCGUACUUAACCUGAAACUGUUCUUAACCUGAAGCACCACUUUAGCUAAUGGGGCCUCCUGCUGCUGCCGCGCCACUGGAGCACAAUUUCUGUUCUCAUCCUGAAGCAAAGUUCUUAACCCGAGGUAAUAUUUCUGGGUUAGUGGAGUCUGUAACCUGAAGCGUAUGUAACCUGAAGUGCCACUGUAUAUGAAAGAAGGCAUUGAGUCCAGCAGGUCAGAAAUCCCCAAAGGGGAAGACUCCUCCUCCAAAUGAUGAUACUGGGCCCUAAGAAUAAUUUACUACUGGGACAAAGAAACUACACUGGUUGCCAGUUCAUUACCAGACUACUUCUCUUGUUGCAGAUGGACGGUUAUCGGGGAGGCUGGUUUAGUUUGAGCUUCUGAUUCUCCCUGGCACCAUUGUUCCUUCCCAACCAGAGUCUUCUUUUUUCUUCUUGGUUUUGUUGACAGGACGAGAGUGACACUAUCUGCUGCCAGGAACAAAUAAACCGGUCCAUCUACUGGGCAGAUGGUUUUGUGCUUGUCUAUUCCAUCACGGACCAUAACAGCUACCGCACCAUCCGCCCCUUGCACCAGCAUAUCCGGAAGAUCCACCCCAGUGCCAACAUCCCUCUGCUGAUCAUGGCCAAUAAAGGAGACCUGCUGCGAGCCAGGCAGGUGUCUGUGAAAGAAGGCCUCCAGCUGGCAAACGAGCUGGGCUGCACUAACUACGAGUUGUCUGCGCGGGAGAACUUUGAGGAGGUUCACGAUGCCUUUAAGCAGCUUUGCCAAGAGAUGAGCAGGAUGAUUGGGAGCUGCAAUGGCGAGAAACGCAGAGGGCUCCAUCUUGUUCGGCCCAAGUCCCCCAACAUGCAGGAUCUGAAAAGGCGGCUGAAGCAGGCCUUGUCUUCCAAGGGGAGAACGGCCACGACACUCUGAUGUAUCUCAGAGUAGCAAGCCUGGCCUGGGCCUUAAGAGGAGAGAUAAGACAAUGGGAUAUUUAUAUCUAUUUAUGGCAUUCUUUUGCCAGCAUUUUUUGUACGAAAGAAUCCCUUCAUGACAAGGUGAUGGCAAGCUUUCAGAGCUGUGCCUUUUGUGUCAAAAUUGUCACCGAGACUAAUGGCAUCUUAAAGACAGGUUCUUCAUCCAUGCAGUGAGCUUAGCUUCCUAACUGACAUGACAUGUGGCCGUACCAGCCAAUCAUCCUUGCUCUUCCCCCAUGUUUCAGGCAGGCAGUCUAUCUUUACUCCCUCAUUUUUCAGUGCCACAUGCAUGUUUAUUCAAUCAAAUAACACCUGCCCACGUAUUAAGCAGAGUUGCAAAACUGAUGCAGAGAUGGGAGGGGUGGUUGUUGACUGCAGUGGCACCAGCCAACACACACCCUUCACCAUACUGAAAACCUGCACAACUAGGUUUUUAAGAGCUUACCUUAGAAGAGAAAAGUACCAAAACUUCAUCUCACCCCUACUGCACUGGCACAUUUGAGAAAAAUAGCUCUCAUUUUAUCUAGGACAGUACUGAAGAUUGGACUGAAUGACUCGCUUAGCAUAUGAUCAGGGUUCAGCAAACUUUUUCAGCAGGGGGCCGGUCCACUGUCCCUCAGACCUUGUGGGGGGGCGGACUAUUUUGGGGGGGGGAAUGAACAGAUUUGUAUGCCCCACAAAUAACCCAAAGAUGCAUUUUCAAUAAAAGGACACAUUCUACUCAUGUAAAAACGCGCUGAUUCCCGGACUGUCCGCGUGCCGGAUUUAGAAGGCGAAUGGGCCAAAUCUGGCCCCCGGGCCUUAGGUUGCCUACCUAUGAAUAUGAUGAACCAGAACUUGGCAGUGCCCAAUAGGCCUAUUCCAACUCAUAGUUAAUGGUGCUUAAGUGCAUAACGCCACUAUAAAAUAGUUAAGACAAUGUGUGCUUAGUUCUGUAUAAGAUUCUGGGCAUUUUGCGUACGCUGGGAUGCGGGUGGUGCUGGGACGCGGGUGGCGCUGUGGGUAAAGCCUCAGCACCUAGGACUUGCCGAUCGCAUGGUCGGCGGUUCGAAUCCCCGCGGCGGGGUGCGCUCCCGUCGUUCAGUCCCAGAGCCUGCCAACCUAGCAGUUCGAAAGCACCCCCGGGUGUAAGUAGAUAAAUAGGGACUGCUAACCAGCGGGAAGGUAAACAGCGUUUCCGUGUGCUGCGCUGGCUCGCCAGAUGCGGCUUUGUCACGCUGGCCACGUGACCCGGAAGUGUCUGCGGACAGCGCUGGCUCCCGGCCUAUAGAGUGAGAUGAGCGCACAACCCUAGAGUCUGUCAAGACUGGCCCGUACGGGCAGGGGUACCUUUACCUUUUUAAGGCCAAUUUAAAGGAACAUUUGCCUUGUCCCAACUGCAAUUGCCAUAUCACCACCAUCCCACCAUCUACCUGAAGUAGCUACAAAAGGUUUAUUAAAUGGAUGGAACUAUAUGUUUGAUUUUCACAGUGAUGGUGAUCAGGCUGCAAGUAUACACAACCCAGUUUGCUGGCCUAAUUCAGCCUUCUCCAACCUGGUGCCCUCUAGUUUUUGGUUACAACUCCCAUCAAUCCCAGCCAGCAUGGUGGCCUUGACUGAUAGGACUAUAUCUAGAGGGCACAAAAUUGAGGGAGGCUAAUCCAUACUGGACUCAUCACUCUUUUUUUUACCAUGCAGAGCUGGGCUGAAAUUUUCAGCUGGGGUGAAUUUAGAAUAAAAUGAAGAGCUGUGCUCAGCUUUCUCCCUCUCCCAGAGAAAGAGGGCCAAUUUGCUUAACAUUCUCUGUCAUUCCUGCCAUUUGUAGGAUACAAAAAUGGGCCCCAGAUUGCCAACACAGGAGUUCUGUUGUUGCUACUUGUGUUAGCAGCAGCAAAACCAAAACACUUAUAAAAAAGAGUCCUCAAUCGUGCCACUGCUAAUGAUGAGGUCUUAUCCCCCAGUGCCUCUGAAACUGUUGGGGAAUUUUCCACCUCACUUCUAAUAAUAUUUAGAGAGAUAUCCCACUUACCCUAUUUGCCACCUCAAAAGGUGAAGAAUUUUGGGAAGCCAGCUUUGUUCAGUACUCAUGUUAUCUCACCAGCCCACUACAACCCCAAAGGCUUGUUCCUGGUUUGUUACCACCAACAUGCCAUGGAUGUAUAUAUGUGAAAUGAAGGGGUUUUUUUUGGGGGGGGGGUUGCCUCAACAUGCAUCACUUUACACUUGUUUAUAUUGAAUUUCACUUGCCAUUUUGCAGCCCAGUCACCAGUUUAGAGAGAUCCUUCUGAAGCUCUUUGCAAUCUCUUUUUGGUUUAACGACCCUGAACAAUUUAGUAUCAUCAGCAAACCUGGCAAUCUCACUGCCCACUCCUAACAUUAGGGUGUUUAUGAAGAAGCUAGUUUGCUUUCAGUGGAAGGUAUUUUUUUGAUACAAUAUAACUGGGUCAAACUGGACAUUAUGUGUUUGAAUCUUGUUCUUCUGUUUCCUCAAAUCCAGCUGCUCCUUGCUCAGUGCUUGGGCCCCUAAUUCAGUUAAGUUUGUAGAGACCGGGAAUUUUAUCCUAAACACACUUACUGCAUGGAGCCUGCAUCAACAAGACUCACAGAUUAUUCUCCCGGGAAAAGGACAGAAAAAAAGUUUAAAGUUGCUUCAUCCCCUCAACUGGACUCAUGGUCUUGGCGCUAUUUUGGCACAUGCCCAAUAAAGCUUAUGUUUUAUAUCUCUCA